UUACUUUCCAAAAGAAUGGGAUGGUUCGGAGGAAAUACCGUGAAAUCUACACCGGUAACACAAGUACCAGAGGGAAAUCCCCAGAAGUUUCUAGAAGAUCUUCCACCCAAGUUCGAGGACCAAGGAGAUGUUCCAGGUGAUGCCAGUGACCAGUCGAUGUACGAAGGUGCCCUCAGUCAAGUGAGGCUUGCCGAUGUAAAACCACUGACGUACAUUGGAAUGCCGUGCUUUCGAGAAGCCAUGAUGACCGGGUUCCAGGCCAUGGCGGUGCUAGGUGGGGUGACGUUUUUGAUCCAUAAGAACCCCAAUAAAUCGUUGAACUGGGGUGUUUGCGGAUUUUUCUUAGGAAAUAUCGUCGGGUGGGAGCAGUGCCGGUCGAUUCGAAGAAAGUCGUUUGAGACCGUUGAGAAGGCUAGGCAGGUGAAGCAACAAAAGAACGAACAGAAGUGGGAGGAUAAAGCUUCCAAUACCAAAGACGAGAGACUCGAGAAAUGGAGACAAGUCCAGGAACACUACGAGAGUAAGAAGAAGUAGAUAAUGUACAUAGAGCACCGCUUGUUAGGACCGUCAAUACACAGGCGUCGUAUCGUCCAGGUAUACAUUUCACUAAUUCUUGUAAAGUACCUAUUGGUGCACCUGUGAAAAAU